AUGGCCAUUUUGGCGGCUUUUGCAAAUUCGAUUGGCCUCUCCCAUGACUUGCUUUACGUCAUGGGUGGCCAGAAGACCAUUGAGGCCGAGGACAAUUUUGAGCUCAACCUGAUGCUGUCUGGCGAACUUGCUGAAGAUCAGGCUCUACCACUUUCUCCCAACGUAGAUCCUCGCUGUGGUCUUUCUGAACGGCAUGGCGAUCAAGGUCGUGCAAAUUCUGAAGUAUGUCCUGACAAACCUUCUGAAGCAGAAGAAGUACAAGAUCUCCUGGCACUUGGUGAAUCCGAGGAACCAGAAUCUCUCGAACAACCAGCAGCUGGAGAGAAAGAGAGCAUUCCAGGCAGCCAUCACUUUCACUUGAGGCACUUGGCAAACGAGAUCUUUGGCCCUCCUCGCAAGCUGUUGUGCGACUUGGGACGUGAGUUUCAGAAGGAGUUUGAAAACUUGGCCGAAGCCGAUGGUACUGAGCUUUUGCCCUCUGCACUGGAAAUGCCGGAGCAGCGUGGUUAUGUUGAACGACAAGGUCAGCUCUACAAGGAAAUGUUCUACAAGACUAUGGAGCAGGUAACUUCCAGAGACUGGCCCACAUGGUACCAGACCAUUGACCUUGUGUGCUUCACCAAGAACCGACUGCUGUCUCGUGGAGGUUUUUCCCCGGGCCCACGAGUUUUUGGCUAUCAGCAAAGAAAUCCAGAUGAGUCGGAUUUGGCAGUCCAAAGCUUAGCAGCCAUCGGCGACACCAACGUUGCCAAAGCGAUGGAGAUUGGCAAGGCAGCAUCCAUUGCCUUCCAUGAAACCGAUUGCCAACAAGCUGUACGAGCAGCAGCAACCCAUCGUCCUCGACCACACUACUCGCAUGAGAUGGGCAAAGCAGUCUACUUCUGGCGACGUGGUGCCGAUGCUGCUCGAAAGCCAGCAACUUACUUUUGGCAUGGUCCUGCACGAGUGGUAGCAACCCAACUACCAUACACAGUCUGGCUGCCUUACAACCAUCACUUGGUCAAGGCUGCGCCGCCGGAGAAGAUCCGGCCAGCAUCAGGUGAUCCACCCGAGAAUGCCGAGAACGUCAAACCAGAAGAUUUUCCGGAAGCGCGCAGUCGCUUGGAGCUCCUCGAGGUCUACUACCAGGAGAUUGCCAACAAGUCAGCCCAACGGCAGAAGAAGGGCAAGGAUGGACCAGAUCUUCACGACCUCCAAGCCCAACGAUUGACCGAGGAGAAGGGGCAAGUUCUUGACACCAAAGGGAUCCAUGCCGGCUACGAGCAGCUGAACAAGCUCUACAGCCUCAUCUUCUAUGACCAAGAACUCCCGGAGUCUCAGAGUCUGCAGAAUGUCUCCAUUGCUUCAUGGAAAAGCUAUCGUCUGAAACGUCAGACGGUGAACACCUUAAGUUCUGAGAGGCAGGCCCUCGUGCGAGGACUUGGAUCCGUGCAUUGGUAUCGCAUUUUGAUUUUGGAAGCCAGAGGACUUCAACUUUCAGACCGAGAAUGGCAUCGAGAGGUGGCCCGACUUCCUUUCAUUCGCAUUACUGAUUCGAAGUCGUUGUACGAGGCCGUGAGCAAGUACACCAAUCCUUCUUCACAAUGUGGUGACAAGAGGACAUCUAUAGAUAUCUCACUCAUCAAGCAAGAAGUGAAUGAACUCAACGGAAAAAUUUGUUGGGUGCAUGGCAAAACCAUGAUCGCCGACCCCUUGACUAAGGAAGCUCGAUCUGACCUUCUUCGUCAUAUGAUCUGCACAGGCCAAUGGUCGAUUCUUGAAGAAGGGUCGGCAUUGCAACAAAAGCUUUUUGAACGAACAUCUCGACAUGAGGUGCUUUUCAUCAUUUAA